CCGCCGGGCCGCAGGGCCGGUGAGCGGGCGGCGCGUUGAGGUUCCUGUGGGGGACCGCAGGACUUCUGGCUUCCCAGCCAUGGAGCAACGGACCCUGUCCCCACCGGCUGGCCCCGGGCCCGAAGGGGAGCCCCCACGCCUUCUCUCCUCCGCAGCUGCCCCCCAUGGUCUGGCCGUGCAUCCCUGACCUUGGGCUUCCCUGGCAGCCCAGAGCGGGAACUGUCCCCUGGCAUCGGGAGGGGGGUGCUGGCUGCCAGAGCCUGGGAGAGCCGGACCCUGGACUAUGCCAUCCAGGUUAGAGGGCGUGGGCCUUUCAGGGGCAUCUCCCCCGCAGCCCCCUGCCCAGGGCCAUCUGCAGCCUGAAGACAGAAUGCUCAAGGGACAGCUUCCAAACACGGGCAAAGACCUCACAGCCCACCCAGGGUCCCCACCUGCCAACAAUGGUGAGGGCCCUGAGAAGAGCCCAGUGCUCCCCCCGAAACUUCCAGCACAGAUCAGCAACGAGGACCCACAAGCCAAGGCAACAAGCUUCACUCCAAAGCCACCGCCGAGGCCCCGGCUGGAGCGAGCUCUGUCCUUGGACGAGAAGGCGUGGAGGAGGCGGCGUUUUCCAAGCAGCCACGAGGACCUGGCGGCUCACAGCGGGGCCAGCCCCAGUAGGGGCUCCUCACAGGACAAGGUCCCCAGGCACCCCGCCCACACCGACUCUCCCCACUGCCUGAGCACCUCCUUGCAGGAGAUCCCCACGUCCCGCAGGGCCCAGGGCAGUGCGGGAGGGAGCCCUUCCUCAUGGGGUCACUGUAUCUCCGGGAUGAUCAGCACUUCCCUGGACGUCCUGCACCGGGACGGGGCCUCAGCCCGGAGCCCCGCCAGGCUGCCCACUGUGGACCAGAAGGUGGCCUCCGGUUUCCUGCGGCCGGCCGACCGGGUGGACUCGGGUCAGGCUGACCUCAAGGCCCGCCUGCCGAGCAGACUGUUCCGGGCCCACAGCAGCCUGGGCCCCGGCCGGCCCCCGAGUCCCCUGGCCUCUGAGGCCAGAUCCUCCUUUAGCCUGCUGGCUCCCAUCCGCGCCAAGGACGUCCGGACCAGGAGCUACCUGGAGGGGAGUCUCCUGGCGAGCGGAGCCCUCAUGGGGGCGGAGGAGCUGGCCCGGUACUUCCCGGACCGAAGCAUGGCCCUCUUCGUGGCCACCUGGAACAUGCAGGGCCAGAAGGAGCUGCCCCCGAACCUGGACGAGCUCCUGCUGCCCGCCGAGGCAGACUACGCCCAGGACCUGUACGUCGUCGGGGUCCAGGAGGGCUGCUCCGACAGGCGGGAGUGGGAGACGCGCCUGCAGGAGACGCUGGGCCCGCGCUACGUGACGCUGUACUCGGCGGCGCACGGGGCGCUCUACAUGUCCGUGCUCAUCCGCAGGGACCUCAUCUGGUUCUGCUCAGAGGUGGAGAGCUCCACAGUGACCACACGCAUCGUAUCUCACAUCAAGACCAAGGGGGCCCUGGGCGUCAGCUUCACCUUCUUUGGCACCUCCCUCCUCUUUAUCACGUCGCAUUUCACCUCUGGCGACGGGAAGGUGAGCGAGCGUCUGCUGGACUACAGCAGAACUGUCCAGGGCCUGGCCUUGCCUAAGAGUGUGCCCGACACCAGCCCCUACCGCUCCGACGCCGCCGAUGUUACCACCCGGUUCGAUGGGGUGUUCUGGUUUGGAGACUUCAACUUCCGUCUGAGUGGCGGGCGCGUGGCCGUGGAGGCCAUCCUGAAGCAGGACCUGGGGGAGAAGGUGUCCGCCCUGCUCCAGCAUGACCAGCUCACCCAGGAGAUGAAGAAAGGGUCCAUCUUCAAGGGUUUCCAGGAGCCGGACAUCCACUUCCUUCCAUCGUACAAGUUCGACAUCGGGAAGGACUCCUACGACACCACCUCCAAGCAGAGGACCCCCUCCUACACGGACCGGGUUAUGUACAAGAGCCGCCACAAGGGGGACAUCUGUCCCAUCAAGUACUCCUCCUGCCCAGGCAUCAAGACAUCGGACCACCGCCCCGUGUACGGCCUGUUCCGGGUCAAAGUGAGGCCGGGGAGAGACAACAUCCCACUAGCUGCCGGCAAGUUUGACAGAGAACUGUACUUGGUAGGAAUUAAAAGACGCAUUUCCAAAGAGAUCCAGAGGCAGCAGGCGCUGAAGGGUCAGCACUCGAGCAGCAUCUGCACUGUGUCCUGAGGGCGCCCGAGGACCCUUGUCACCCAUGUGGGAGGUCACUUGACCAAAAGCCCCAAAAAGACAGAAGAGGUUGCUGUGCGGGACUUCUCCAGCUUCUGGGCAGCGGACGGACCCAUGCUCGAGGCUGACCUGCUUCCUUACCAAGAACCCCACGGGGAGGCCAGGAGACCGGCCACGCGGUACCACAGCCCCAGUGCCCAGAAUGGAACCAGCCACGCUCCCUGACGCCACGGCCCGCCUCAGGCCCCAUGCCGGCGACACCACACGUGUGGUCCCUCGGGGCGGGUGUCCAGGUGGGUUGUGGUGGGGCCUGGAGCGGCUCGCUCGCCCACAGCUCAUGUUGGCAGCGCUCGCCUUGUGGACCUGCCGCCCCGGCAGUGCUAACUGGGAGGUGCCCUUCUCCGUCUGAGCACAGGGAUCCUGGUACUGAAGCGGGUGAGCUGCUCGGUGUCUCCAUCCCACCGGUGCUCGAGGACCAAGCCCAGGCCCAGCUGGACAGGUCAGAGCCAGCUGACUUCCAAGGAGGGAGUGCGCUCCCGCGGCCCCACUGGGACAAGAAGGCCUGGCCUAUUUCUGGGCUGCCUCUGGUCUUCGGGGGCCUGGCCCAGCCCCUCCAGCCAUGAAACCAUUUCCCUGCCCUCUUCUGGUUUUGGUGAUUUCAGACCAUUGGCACACAUAUCGUCAGCCACAGAUAGCGUUAACAAAGCUUCGGGUGUCCCCACCACAUUCUAGAUCUCUUCUUUCUCCUGGGGCUGAGCCUGUGAUCACCCACCAUGGCUCCUAAAGAUAGCCUCUGUAUGUGGGAAGACCAAGGGGCACUCGAUCUAAUCUUAAAUUAUUUAUUUUUCCAUAUUUAUAUUUUUUAAUAAAUCCAUAUAUUAAAUCUUAAACUCUUUCUGGCCAAAGACUGAGUCCUAGGAAGAGCUCAUCUGUACGCUCUGCCCAUUCUCCUGCCGUCUCAGAGAACAAAGUCGUCCAACGGCAGGUCUCGCAUACACUGCGCCCAGCUGCCACCCCGACUGUGGGGCUGGCAGGAAAGGGACUUUUAAGGGAGAAGGGGACACCCCAGACCUGAGCGGAGGAAACAAGGCCCCUUCCGAAGGCAAGUGUGCCUGCUUUGUGAGCGCCCACUUCCACAGCACGGAGCCAGGCACAGCCGGUCUGACACGGGAAGGUCUGUUCGUGAGACGGUCCAGUCAACUCCAUCGGACCUGAAGCUUGUCUGUCUGUAUAAAAUUUUGCUCAAAGAAA